AUGACACAACCUCCCCACCGCGCCCCAGCCAAACGCACCGUCCCCAAGAUCGUAGCCCCCAAACCACCCGCCGCCGCCCCAUCUACCAAACCCCCCGCAAAACCUCAGAAAGAAAAGCGAUACCCCUUCGACUCGCACCAAGACGACAUCGUAGUCAACACGACUGAACUCGACACCGCCCCGGGCUACAGGCGUGGUCUAGUGGACUACCGGCAUAAACUCACGCUGAAGAAGACGUAUGCGCAUAUCACGACGGACUAUGCGGAGGAUAUGAAGAUGACGAUUCCGAAGGAUGCGGUUACGCCGUUGGGGUCUGAGACGGUUGGUGAUGGGGAUGGGGAUGACGAUGACGACGACGGGGACGACGACGACGAGGAUGAGAAGAGCAAGACCAACGUCGACAACCCCAAAUCCAAGCGAGACGAACGUACCUACGUCCCCGAAAUCAGCGACACAAUCAUCGAUUACACCCGUCUGCCCAAACCGCGCUGCAACCGCCCUAACUACGUCGAAUAUAUCUACCGCGCUACAACCACCAAUCCCGCUGUCUUCCUCGCUAUCCUACGUGUCGCGGAGAGGAACUUGCCGUUUAUAAAUUUCGACUCGGCGAUUACACAUUUACCCAAUUUGGCGGCGAAUGCGAGGCUUCCUGGUAUACCGGGCCUCUCAGCCCUGUCGUCCGAGUUAUCUGAAGCGUUGGAGGCGUCCGAACCGUCAAAUCACCCGCAGAAACACAAACCCAACCAACCCGCGUUCAUAGAAGACACACCCCACGAGAAGAAAGAAGCAGACAUGACAAUGACGAUACUCUUCCUACCGAACCUGUACGAAGACGGCCGCCACGCGCUCGGCUACUACGCCCUCGCCCCAGAAGCAGACCCAGACACUAAACAACUCAACCCAGAAGACGUUGUGCAAAUCCUCUUCACACCCUGUGGCAUAUCUGAUUUAGUGGAGGCGAGGUUGUUGGAGUGGACGCCUAUUGAUCCUGAUAUGAAAGCACGGGCUGAUGAGAAGAAGGGGGAGAAGGACAAGAAGGGAGAUGGGGUGGAAGGUGGGGAUGGUAAGGGGGCUGGGGAGGGCAAGGGAGGAGAUACUGGAGAUGGAGACGAAGAAGAAGAAGAGUUGGAUGUCGAGUACAUAGAACAUGUGGCUGCGAGGGGAGGUGAGUGGUUAGAGCGGGAUGUAGUAGGAGAUUGGGAGGAGUGGUGUAGGUGUUUUAGGGUUGCGAGGAGGGUUUGGGAGAAGGUGCUUAAGGGGGUUGUGGAGGUUAAGGAGGUGGAGGAUGUGAAGGAGGAGGUUGUGGGAUGA